AUGGCGACCGAAUCGAGUCCGGUGCCCACCUCCUCGCCGAGGCCGAGACCGCGUACAGCCACUGGAACCCAUCCGACCACUACAUCCUCGUCCGCCUCGUCUCGUCGCCCAUCGCAAGUCAUGGGCCCUCCAUCGAUUCCCUUCAGUAUGAGUGACCCGGAAAGCGUUCGAGCGGCGUCAGGUCCAUUGCGCCAUCCCAAACCACUCACUCCGUCCGACCUCCAUUCCAUGCUAGAGAAAGAACAAGAGGCAAUGGUAAACCGUCUUUCGAGAGAACUAUCACUUCUUCGUCAACAAACAGCGUCUGUCGCAUCAACUGCGUCAUCGGCCUCGACCAGCUUCAACGACCCGAUGGACACUCUGUACUCCCCUUAUCUUAUUAACACAGCACAUCCCACAGCAUCCCGAAGACAUCGCUCCUCCUCCAGCCUCAGCUCCUCAUACGUUCCAGCAGUUCAAGGAUCCCGGACCGGAAGCGUUACGGGCAUUGCACCAUCGCGGGAUGUCAGUGUUACGUCUCCACGUCCCGGCGACUCCAUGCGAUCGGGUCGAAGCCGGGAGCCAUCACUGACAUCGCCUCGACCGUCGGAUGGAGCUCUAUCGUUACCACCAUCGUCCCAGCAGAUCCCCUACCAGUCGAUCGAUCAAUUAUCACAUCCCCCUGGCGCCCCAUCCAAUGCCCACCGUAGUUCUCUCUCCCAACAACAAUCUCGAACCUUUUCGAGUACGUCCCGUCCCGACGAAAUCGCACAUCAGCGGGCAGAGCUGGAGCUUAUUCGACGAGAGAAUGAAGCUUUUCGACGCCGUGUACGAGAGCUUGAGUCCACACUGAAAAAAUAUCGAGAAGAGGUUCCGACGGCACCGUCCGCAAUGAACGCUCUUACAGACAGUUUGAGGAAAGCUUCUCUUACGGAGGAUGAUAAUGGAAAAUAA